AUGGCACUUCCUGCCAUUUGUCUAAUCCUAAUACGACCCAACGCAUCAAUCGAGGGAGUGAAGCUGAAACGAUUAAAUCAAAUUGAAUUUGAAACCUGCAGUUACAAAUCUACCCACCGCCAGCUAGAAGAGCAGUUUGCAGUGCCAGUAAUCUUUGGGCUGGGACAGUUUGAUCGCCUACAGUUUAACGCCCAGCCGCCUUUUUGUUUACUGGUUAAAUUUGUUGCGAUAACAUUCUCCCAAGGCGAUUGCUAUAUUUCCUUUCUGGUCAAAAAGUGUAUUCAGUGUUUGCAGGCGACGUUUACUUGCAAACAGUCACGUGGAAGCCAGUAUGCAUCUUUAACUGGAGCAGAUUCUGAAUCAACUUGGCACGGCUAUGCUGUUGGCGCAGCUCUACAAGCAGCAGGAGCAAAGUUCCCUAGCAAGACCAGUUCUGUGACAGGCGAUCAAACUGUCCCAGCCCAAAGAUUACUGGCACUGCAAACUGCUCUUCUAGCUGGCGCUUCACUCCCUCGAUUGAUGCGUUGGGUCGUAUUAGGAUUAGACAAAUGGCAGGAAGUGCCAUAUGAGGGACCUAUGUGCAAUCUGCUUUGGUCUGUUCCCGAUGACCGAAUCGGCUGUAGUGCGUCACUAUGUGAUACCUUCGACCAUAGGUUAUUCAAAAUGGUUUAUACGCUCAAACGAUCGUACAGGGCAGUUAAAUGGAUGCUGCUAGGACAGCAGGACCUGACUGAGACUCGCGAGGAGUUUUAACAUGCGACGAC